CGGCCGCGCGAGGUGGUUCGCUCCGGCAGCGCGGCGCUCCCGGCAGGCGGGGCGCGGGCACCGUUGCCGCCGACACCAGGGCCGUGGCCUCCGCCGCCGCCGCCUCCCCCCGCGCCCCGCGCCCGCCGCCACGAUGCUGGGGCUGCUCGUGGCGGCGCUGCUCGUGGCGCUCGCCUACUUCGCGCUGCUGGACGGGUGGUACCUGGUGCGCGUGCCGUGCGCCGUGCUGCGCGCGCGCCUGCUGCAGCCGCGCGUCCGGGACCUGCUGGCCGAGCAGCGCUACGCGGGCCGCGUGCUGCCCUCGGACCUGGACCUGCUGCUGCACAUGAACAACGCGCGCUACUUGCGGGAGGCCGACGUGGCGCGCGCCGCGCACCUGGCCCGCUGCGGGGUCUUGGAGGCGCUGCGCGCGCUCGGGGCCCGUGCGGUGCUGGCCGCCUCGUGCACGCGCUAUCGCCGCUCGCUGCGCCUCUUCGAGCCCUUCGAGGUGCGCACCCGCCUGCUGGGCUGGGACGACCGCGCCUUUUACCUGGAGGCGCGCUUCAUCAGCCUGCGCGACGGCUUCGUGUGCGCGCUGCUGCGCUCCCGCCAGCACGUGCUGGGCACCUCGCCGGAGUGCGUCGUGCAGCGCCUGUGCAAGCGCCGGGUGGAGCCCCCUGAGCUACCCGAAGACCUGCGGCACUGGGUCGCCUACAACGAGGCCAGCAGCCAGCUGCUCAGGGCAGAGAGUGGACUCAGUGACAUCACCAAGGACCAGUGACCGCUGCGCCCUGCCGACCGGCCUCACUCUGGGGGCGGUUGCCCUCCCGUCCGUGCCUGCCAGGGGUGGAGAGUGCAGGAUGGACCGGCUGGCCGGGCUGUCCCCGCCGCUGAAGUCUGUCUCAGCCCCGCCCCCUCCCCACGCUCAGGCCCUCCCUCCCCCAGCCAGUAAUCGCCGCCCCCUCCCCUACGCCAUGCCGGGCACUGGACCCGGGGACAGAGACCCUGACCCAGCUCUGCCCUUGGGGUGGAGGUGAUGAGGAAAGUGGGAGGCCCAGGGCCCUCAACGCCCUCAUCCCAGGGGAUGGAGGUUGGGCCCCACCUGGCAGGUGAAGCCAGUUUCUGUGGGCUCCAGUCGGGAGAGGGCUUGGACCAGAGGGACCAGCUAAAGCCACCCUGAGCACUGGAGCCUGGAUUUUGAGCAGGCUGCAGGGGUGAGGCCUGAUUCUGGCCUGGUGAGGAUCUGCAAAGGGUCAGAACGGCAUUUGAGGCAGAGCCCUGUGGCUGCGGGUGGGGGAGGGGCGGGCCCAGGGUGGAGUCUGGGCAAUCAGGGCCCAGGCCGGCUGACCAGAGGGCAGAGGGGCUCCCCCAGAGUGCGGGUGGGGCCUGCGGCUGGACGCUGUGCCAGAGCCGGUCAGGUCAGAUGGCACAGGGGUGCUGGUGGUGAGCUUCCUGUCCUGGCUGGGGCCUGCUGGAGGAGGGAGCGGUCUCCUGCCUAGGUGCCCUCUGCACCUUGCCCUUGUUCGUCCGCACCCCUGGGUCCUCACAGGGCUGCUCUGGGACUGUGGGUCGGACCCCACCCUCUUCAGGCCUACAGCACCUCACGCGUCUGCUCUCCUCCUGGGGUCGUCCUCAACAGGCAUCUUGCUGGCGACUUUUGCCUCCCUUUGCCGAGGGGCUGCCUCGCUUGGUGGGCUGGGGCUGAGGAAGGGUCUUCUAGGGUUUGCCUGUGUGGCUCCCUGGUAGGUCCCGGGGCUGUGGGACACCAGCACAGCUACCUCCUCCUGCCUAAUCACUUGCCCUCCAGUCCGGAAGGCCUGGAGAGAAGCAGACGGUGGCCCAGAGCACUGACAGCAAGGCAGGGGUGCGCAGAGCUGGCUGGGGAGUCGGGUCAGGGCCCCGGGGGAGGAUGGGCGCGGGCUCAUGGGUGUGCUCAGGACGAGGGGCCACCUCGCUGUGGUCCCCUGUGGCGUAAGCCGGAGCCAUGGAGCCCCUGGACCGCUUCUCUCGCCCUGUCCGGGCAGCCCGCUGCCCGCUGGAGCGGAGACCACAGCAGUGCCCCAGCCCCUGCCUGCCCCCCCCACGCUGACCUCUGCCUUACAGCUGCAAUGGGAAAGCUGCAAUGUUUCCGAUUUAUUUAAAGAAAACCCAAGAUUAAAGGGUUUUGAUGUCCA